AGGUACUACGUAUCACUAUUUCAAAAUUUAUUCAACUUUUUUCUUUUUUCACUCUCCCACACCUGUUACAGUCGACAACUCAGAGAUCCAUAGAUUCCAUUCUCCAACAUUCCUUCCCCUUUCGAACUCCGACAGAUCCAUUUGCCUGAAAUUGAAAUCUGUUGACCUAUAAAGUAGAAAAAAAUCAAGCAAUGUGCGUGUUCGAUAGAUGAUGUGGGUUUCCAUUAUAGGCUAAUAAUUUGAGUUGACUUGACCUCUCUAAUGGAGUUUACAGAACCUUUUAAGCAAACUGGCCCUUAUGCUUUCUCACCAAAUGCUCGCUUCCUCGCUGUCGCCGUCGAUUAUCGCCUCGUCAUUCGUGACGUUCUCUCUCUCAAGGUUGUGCAACUGUUUUCAUGUCUGGACAAGAUUACAUACAUUGAAUGGGCCCCUGAUUCUGAAUACAUACUUUGUGGUCUUUACAAGAGACCUAUGAUACAAGCAUGGUCUUUGACACAACCUGAGUGGACAUGUAAGAUAGAUGAAGGUCCUGCAGGAGUUGCUUAUGCUAGGUGGAGCCCGGACAGUCGUCACAUACUCACCACAUCCGAGUUUCAGCUACGGUUAACUGUUUGGUCACUGCUUAACACAGCGUGCAUACAUGUCCAAUGGCCAAAGCAUGGGUCUAAAGGGGUAUCAUUUACCAAGGAUGGAAAGUUUGCUGCUGUCUGCACUAGACGCGAUUGCAAGGAUUAUGUUAAUCUGCUGUCUUGCCAUACAUGGGAGAUAAUGGGUGUUUUUGCUGUUGACACAUUGGAUUUGGCUGAUGUUCAGUGGUCUCCAGACGACAGUGCUAUAGUCAUCUGGGAUUCUCCUCUCGAGUACAAGGUUCUGAUUUAUUCUCCAGAUGGGAGGUGCCUGUCUAAGUAUCAAGCAUAUGAGAGUGGACUAGGAGUAAAAAGUGUUUCAUGGUCACCUUGCAGCCAGUUUUUGGCUGUAGGAAGCUAUGACCAGAUGUUACGAGUUCUGAAUCACCUGACAUGGAAAGUAUUUGCAGAAUUUGUGCACCCAUCUGCUGUUAGAGGUCCUUGUUGUGCUGCUAUUUUCAAGGAAGUGGAUGAGCCAUUGCAACUUGAUAUGUCAGAAUUAUCACUUAAUGAUGAUUUCGCCCAGUACAGUAGUGAUAAUGCCCCGGAGUCACAUAUUCAAGUCAGGUACAAUGUUUUGGAGAUACCUAUCAGUCUCCCUUCUCAGAAACCUCCUGCAGAUAAGCCAAAUCCCAAGCAAGGAAUCAGCCUCAUGUCAUGGAGCUGCGAUAGCCAAUAUGUUUGCACUCGCAAUGAUAGCAUGCCUACUGUACUCUGGAUAUGGGACAUAAACCAUCUUGAGCUAGCCGCCAUCUUAAUUCAAAAAGAUUCCAUCCGAGCUGCAGCCUGGGAUCCCACAUGUCCACGUUUGGUUUUAUGUACUGGAAGCUCCCACUUAUACAUGUGGACACCUUCUGGUGCUUAUUGCAUAAAUGUUCCAUUGCCUCAAUUUGCUGUAAUUGAUCUGAAAUGGAACUCCGAUGGGAGCUGUCUUUUUCUCAAAGACAAGGAAUCAUUCUGCUGUGCUGCUCCAGAGAUGUUGCAAGAAUCCAGUGAUUAUAGUUCUGAUGACUGAUGCUUUCACAUUAUGGAGCUGAAAUUGUUUUGUUCAUCACACCUCCCAAAGUGAAUACCAUUCCUCAAGAUAACAGAUAAGCCUUGCUUGUUUAUUGCACUUUUAACAUGGAAGAAGAGAUACUAUCAUAGGCUGUGAUAAUCUUGACUAUUUGCAUUGUAAUGGUGUAUAUUUGAGAUCCAAAAUAGUAGGAAGAAUUUUAGAAUCCAGGUUUGUAACCUUAUUUCCAAAUAGAUAGGUCAGAGGGGGUCUUUAAAGUACCCUUGCUUAUGCCUUAUGUCAAAUUUAAUGUACACUGUACUAGUUAAGGCUCAA